UGGGAAGCUACGUAUUGUCACCGAGGAGUGGUUUCUUGAAGUCAUGAUGUGUGACUGUGGCUUGAAAAUAGGGAAGUAUGUUAUGUAUAGGUCUCUAAGAAGCAAGAGAUGGCUUUGGUAAAAAGAAGCCGUUGAGUCCGUAAAGGACGGUGCUAAGAAGAGAAUUUACGGCAUCACCAGCGCAGAGAGCCUGUUGGGAGUGAUUUGAUCUUCCCGAACGUCCGCUUUUCUGUUUUCUUCCGGGCUGCAUUGAACCUCUUCAGCUGCCGUAGGCAGUGGGUCGAAAGUGCCGGUCAAAAUGGAAGUGAAUCCCCCCAAACAGGAGCACCUGCUGGCCCUGAAAGUGAUGCGGUUAACUAAGCCUACUUUAUUCACCAAUAUUCCAGUAACAUGUGAAGAAAAAGACUUACCUGGAGAGCUCUUUAACCAACUCAUGAGAGAUGAUCCUUCAACUGUAAAUGGUGCAGAAAUUUUAAUGUUGGGAGAAAUGUUGACUUUACCACAGAAUUUCGGGAAUAUAUUUUUGGGAGAGACCUUUUCCAGUUAUAUCAGCGUUCAUAAUGAUAGCAAUCAAGUUGUAAAAGAUAUAUUAGUAAAAGCUGAUCUUCAGACAAGUUCUCAGCGUUUAAAUCUUUCAGCCUCCAAUGCUGCAGUGGCUGAACUUAAACCUGAUUGUUGUAUUGAUGAUGUCAUACACCAUGAAGUAAAGGAAAUUGGAACACACAUCUUGGUGUGUGCAGUGAGCUAUACAACUCAGGGUGGAGAAAAAAUGUAUUUUAGAAAAUUCUUCAAAUUUCAGGUUCUCAAACCGUUGGAUGUGAAAACCAAAUUUUACAAUGCAGAGAGUGACCUCAGUUCUGUGACUGAUGAAGUAUUUCUCGAAGCCCAGAUUCAGAAUAUUACAACCUCACCCAUGUUUAUGGAGAAAGUUUCAUUGGAACCAUCGAUAAUGUACAAUGUAGCAGAAUUAAACUCAGUCAGCCAAGCUGGAGAAUGUGUAACUACGUUUGGGUCAAGAGCGUAUUUGCAGCCCAUGGAUACACGCCAGUAUUUGUACUGCCUAAAACCCAAGAAGGAGUUUGCAGAAAAAGCAGGCAUCAUUAAAGGAGUAACAGUAAUUGGAAAAUUGGAUAUAGUGUGGAAAACAAAUCUAGGUGAAAGGGGAAGAUUACAGACCAGCCAACUUCAGCGAAUGGCUCCAGGUUAUGGAGAUGUUAGAUUGUCUUUGGAGGCAAUCCCAGAUACCGUAAACCUAGAAGAACCUUUUCAUAUUACCUGUAAAAUAACAAACUGCAGCAGUGAAAGGACUAUGGAUCUGGUUUUGGAAAUGUGCAAUACCAAUUCUCUCCACUGGUGUGGCAUUUCAGGAAGACAGCUUGGAAAGCUGCAUCCCAGUUCCUCUCUCUGCCUUGCCCUUACUCUGCUGUCUUCAGUACAGGGACUGCAGAGUGUCUCCGGCUUAAGACUAACAGACACGUUCUUAAAGAGAACAUAUGAAUAUGAUGACAUCGCACAGGUCUGUGUGGUAUCUUCGGCCAUUAAAGUGGAGAGCUGAAGAUUUCCAGUGUUAUGCUUUUCAUUGAAUUUCACAGAACUCUCUGUAUUUUUGUCACCUUUGUGAAAUGAUCAAGUCUACAACAAAAAUAAGUACCUGUUACUUAAAUUUCUUCCCUGCCAAAGUUAAAAUAUUAAAUAUUUGUUUUGAAAAGAACCAUCUACGGAUUUUAUCUUGUGAGUUAUAUUCUGAAUGGACAUUUGUACAUUUUCUACACUCAGCCUAUUCCAUUUUUAGAUAACCAUUGGACUUUGUUCUCCAAAAGCUCUGUAUUUGAGGCUGUUUGUCCCUAGCAAGUAUCUGGAAUGGGGAGUUAGCAAACAUUUUAUGUAAAGGGCCAGAUACAAAUAUUUGUCUUCGCAGGAAAUGUGGUUUCUGUUGAAAAUACUCAACUCUGCUGUCGUAGUGGGUCAGCAGCCAGGAGGCAAAAAGAGCAGGCAGUGUUUACAGAAACAGGCAACUGGCCAGAUUUGGCCUGUAGGCCGUCGUUUGCUGACCUUGGUCCAAAAGAUACAGUUGUUUAAAACUUUCGAUCUUACAAUACUUUAUUUAAAAUUUUCCAAUUAACCCGUUUUUUUCCUAACUCCUCAGUCAGCAGAAAAAGCUUAAGACAAUGAGAGUAGGAUAUUGCUAACAUAGUAUGAGUUCUCCUCAGUUUUCAGUUAUUCUGUUUGUAUGUACCUAUGUUUGUGGUUACAUAUUAACACACAUGUCUAAAUUUCAGUUACUAAUAGCGGAUCAGAAUUGGUUUAAUUUCUUGGAUUGUUGAUUACUCUGUUAACUUUUAACUAAGAAUCCUGAUAAUUUUCUAAUUCUAAGCCAAAAAGUCCUGGGUUUUUUUUCACAUUGAAAAAUAAGCCCCUUAUUUUCAUAAGGCAUGUUUAAAGGAUUUCCACCUCUGCUAUUUGAUUUUGAACUCUACAUCAUGUAUGAAUACUAUAAAACUGUCUCUGUAUGUAAUCACAGUGAUUUACUUAUUCCAGGAACAAAAGAGUAAGAAAGUUAAGAUUGUAAACAAGUUUAGAACAUGAAUACAUAAGUUUCGAUAUUUUGUAAGGAAACCAAAAGCUUAUGCUGUUAAAUAAAAACUUAUUUUGGUAAGUUGAAAUUCAAGGAUGUAAAUAUAAUUGCUUAAAUGUUAGAGUACAUUAAGUCAAAUACAAAAAUUGGUUUUUCUUAAAUGCAUAAUUAUUUAUUGCCAUGACAAAUUAUUUGGUCCAGAGUAAAGCUAUAUUCAGAAUGAGAUUUGCCCCUUAAGUUGCACUAAUAAUGAAAUACCUGUGCAAAAUAAAGUGGAAGCAGUAUAAAGCUGAAGUCUGUGUUUCUUCCAGAAUGAGUAAGGAUGAUUAAAUGAUAAGACUAUAUAUCCACUGCACUGUGUAUUUCGAUUGUUUUUUUAAGCAUCUUCUCAUGCCUGAACCUUCUGUUUCAUUGUUCCAAAUUUUAAAAGUAACAUAUAAUGGUCACUUGGAAUCUCCUAUAUAAUUUGAUUUAAUUACAAAGUCUCUUUUAUGAUACACAUUGUCCAUUCUUUAAAUAAAGGUUAGAUAAUGUCAUCUUAGGAUCUGUUUAAACCAUAUUAUAAAAAUUAGAUAAACAGUUUGUCACAUUAAAUGAAAAUGUCAUUUGCAUAAAAAGGACUUUUUAAGUUUUCCAUAGCAUCAUGACAGCCACAGCUAUUAACAGUGAAGUGCGGUUAACAGAAGCCAAUCAUUCCUAAGUAGAAUAUAUAUAAAGAUUGACUUUCAUGUCCUCUUGUUCAGGACAAGCCAGCAUAGUAUUUGGGGCAUCCCUUAUAAUUUUAAGAGUAGCUAGCACAAUCAAACUGCACAAAACUUCCUUGAAAUAAUUUGCGGUGAUUCCAAAGUGAUGAAGGUAUACCUAGAUUGAAUUUGUUAUAGGUGGUAUAUCAACCAAGAAACAAACUAGAAAGUUGAAAUGGAAGGAAUAUACCAGCUCUUUAUGUAAAAAGAAUGGCUUACCUCAACUAUAGAUACUAGCAAAUCAAGACAUUGUUUUAAAGUGUUUUUUCUUAUAAUGUGUUGUAACAAUUUUGGUAU